AUGGCGCUGGCUGGAGUGAACAAUGUAGCCACACCGAUACUUUUUGAGGUUACACAAGUCUGUGGACCGUGUGUGGACGGAGCUGAGUUUGGGAGAGAAGAUGCGCAGCUGGAACUAGAAGGGGGGGUGCCAAGGUUAUAUAUCCUCCGGUUGAAGGGGAAGGAGCUCAAGUUCGAUCGCAUCACGCAUCAUGCCCAAGUCACGCAGUGCCUUGGGUCCGCUGACGGAAGGCCCUGGUACAUGGGAGUUGCGCCAGCUAGCCUCCUGUCGGAUGCCCCUGGAGAUGAUGGCCGCCUGCCGUGGGCCCCACCAGCAAUCUCUGACGUCCGCGUUUUCAAGGUCGAAGGGCCUACGUUCCUGAAACUGAACAAAGGCACUUGGCAUGCCGGCCCGCUGUUUGAGGAUCCUCAGAUGGACUUCUACAACCUGGAGCAUACAGACACAAAUGUGACGGAUCAUAAUACCCACGUCUUCAGCCGAGAAGACGGGGUGCAGUUUGUCAUUGAUACGGCAAGCUGAGCAAGUCAAUCUGUCGAAUGGUCGUAUUGGAUGGGGCAGUACUUUUUCAGUCACAAUCCCUUUCGGUUAAAGACUCGGUGCACGCGUUUAUCGAUCUGUCAAGCAGACACAUCACGUGCGUAUGUCACUUUGUGGACCGUCGGCCUUUUUGGUCAAGACGGAUAAGAAACGGCCCUGCAGUUAUAUUGAAUCUGCC